AUGGCAGUAACAAAUUUACCUUUCGUACAACAAAAUAUGAUUCGUUAUGGUAUGAGCAUCUAUUUUGCAUUAGGUCUCGCAGGUAAUAUUUGCAAUUGCAUCAUGUUUACGAGACCAUUAUAUCGGCGCGCACCUAGUACCGUCUAUCAUCUUUCUUUUUCAAUUUUUGCUAUUCUCCAUUUAAUUUGGUCUGUUACUCCACAACUUAUUACACUCAAUUAUCCUGAUCCUCAAAAACAAUUGAUACUCUACUGUAAAAUAAGACUUUAUGGGAGUCAUGUUCUUGCAUUAUACCUUCGUUAUACCAUUGCGUGGGCUUGUAUGGAUCGAUUCUUCGCAACACGAGUGGAUAUUCGUCUUCGAUCAUUAAGUUCAGUUAAAGUAGCAGUAAUGCUUAUUUUCAUUACAUCUAUAGUAUGUCCACUGAUCGCCAUUCAUAUACCUAUUUUAAUGAAUAUAAUAAAUAAUAUUUGUGCAAUGCCUGGUUUGUAUAAAUUAAUUUAUCCAUUUUAUCAAAUUCCUGCAAUUUCUAUUCUACCAGCAGUAUUAAUGAUUACCUUUAGUAGCUUGACUAUUCGUAGUCUGCAUCAACGGCAUACUUCUCUAGUACAUGCUAAAAAAAGAGAUCGUCAUUUUUUGCGUAUGGUCACUGCUGAGGUCGUAGUGGUUGUAAUCACAUCAAUUCCUGAUUCAGCUAAUCUCAUAUAUGGGGUAGCAACACAUGAUGUUGUUAAUAAAAGUGCUCAACGACUUGAGAUUGAAUCAUUUAUUAGUUUUUUCACUCAAUUCACGAUCUACAUGAUUAGUGCCUCUCCAUUUUAUUUGUUUAUGUUCGUAUCAAAACCUUAUCGAAAAGAAUUCAUCAAUACAAUGAUCAAAUGUCAAACCAAGUAUAUGAAACGACCAAAUCGAAUCAUGCAUUCAACUACAUAA